GUUGGGUCCACUACUUGCAUUUUCUGAUCUGAUCCUUUAAUUAAAAAUCUCCUUAAUUUCAGGGACUAUUCCGCAAUUUAUCGAUUCUUCUUCAGAUUAGUCCGAUUCUUUUUUUUUUUUUACAGAUCAAAAUUAUCAAAAUCUGAACGGUGAUGGCUUCUCUCGCGACUUCCAUAAGCGGAAGCUUCAAUAUUCUGGUUUCAUCAUUUUCAACGAGAAAUGGGUUUCCUUUAAUCUCCAAUCAAAACCCGAGAUUUGUCUUGUUUGAGAAUAGAAGCAGACCGAUCUCUAGAACGGCGAUUUUGCGUCGAUUUGCGAUAAGUGGGUCGAGCCAAGGAGAAAAGAUAUCACCUUUAGCAUCUGGUGUAUCGCCGGGUCUAUAUUCAGCUCAGACUUUUGAUUUGACGCCUCAAAAUGUUGAUUUGGUGCUUGAGGAUGUUAGGCCGUUCUUGAUCUCCGAUGGUGGAAACGUCGACGUUGUCUCCGUUGAAGAUGGAGUUGUUUCUCUUAAACUCCAAGGAGCAUGUACUAGCUGUCCAAGUUCUUCAACAACCAUGACAAUGGGAAUAGAGAGGGUACUCAAGGAAAAGUUUGGAGAUGCUUUGAAAGAUAUUCGACAAGUUUUUGAUGAAGAAGUAAAGCAGAUAACCGUAGAGGCAGUGAAUGCUCAUCUUGAUAUACUGAGGCCAGCGAUCAAGAACUACGGCGGAAGUGUGGAAGUUUUAUCAGUUGAAGGCGAGGACUGCGUUGUAAAAUAUGUUGGACCAGAAUCGAUUGGAAUGGGAAUACGAGCAGCUAUUAAAGAAAAGUUCAAGGACAUAUCUAAUGUAACCUUUACAAGCUAGAAAGCAUGAAGAAACUCACUAUAUUAUGUAAAAACAUUAUUGCUCUUUGCUUGAGCUAAUGUCUACAUCAGUAGUCGUCCUCUCCAUAACUGUCCUGAGCCAUCUUGCCAGGUUGAUCAAGAACGGUGUGUAGACAAAGUAGCAAGUUGUUGUCCAAGUAAC